GAGUUGCAGGCGUAGGCCUUCGUUCAGCGAAGUUUCUACACCUGAAGUCUCCCAAUGGCCAGCAUGAUCGUACGCAACUUCAGUUUUGCAGUGAAGACAAGGCGAUCUUUAUUCCUGGGCAGGGCUAUCGUCCGGACAUAUGCCAGUGCUCCAUCACCCCAUGCGCUUGUGUAUCUCGAGCACCGAGGCGGUCAACUUGACUCUGGUUCGCUCUCUGCGGUGACGGCGGCUACGCAGCUCGGUGGACAGGUGACUGGGCUGGUGGUGGGCUCGCCCGAGGAAGUUCCAGGAGUGGUGGAGAAGGCGAAGUCGCUCAAAGGCCUUACUACGCUGCUCCAUUCAUCCUCGCCAUCUUACGCACAUCCAUUACCUGAAAUUGUUGCACCUCUGCUCCAGAAGCUGCUCUCCUCAUCCCAACCGUACACGCACGUCGUCUCCGCCCACUCCUCCUCCGCUAAGUCCCUCCUUCCCCGGGUCGCAGCCCAACUCGACGUCCCCGCCCUUUCGGACGUGACAUCCGUGAGCCACGAGAGCGACUCCAACACUACCACCUUCACGCGGCCCAUCUACGCUGGCAACGCAGUGGCUACUGUCCGCGCCCCGUCCUCCCUGCCCGUCAAAUUCUUUACAGUCCGUACCACUGCGUUUGCUGCUGCGCCGUCAGAUUCGUCUUCUUCCGUGGAGGUCAAGUCGCUGGAUCCGGUCCAAGCUGCUUCCCCGACCGAGCACAUCUCCCUCUCACUGACGACAUCCUCUCGACCCGAGCUAUCCACAGCUGCUCGGGUAGUCUCCGGCGGCCGCGCGCUCAAAAACGCAGAGACAUUUGAGAAGACGAUUUAUCCUUUGGCUGACCUGCUCGGCGCUGCCGUAGGCGCGAGUCGAGCGGCCGUUGACGCAGGAUACUGCGAUAACAGUCUCCAGGUUGGUCAGACGGGUAAAGUAGUUGCGCCAGAACUGUACAUGGCCAUCGGCAUCUCUGGAGCUAUUCAGCAUCUUGCGGGGAUGAAGGAUAGCAAGAUGAUCGUCGCGGUGAACAAGGACCCGGAGGCGCCCAUCUUCCAGGUUGCGGAUGUCGGACUCGUAGCAGACUUGUACGAGGCCGUCCCGCAGAUCAUCGAGAAGAUGAAAGAGUAAUGGCUGACACACAGGAUGCUGAGGCAACGUCAUAUCUAUCUUCAACUGUAUAUUCAUUGCAAUAUGACAUUGGUAACAAACUCGAUGCGCGUGGUGAGAUG